AUGCUGAACCCUAAGUGCAGUCUUUGUCCCCGACCCGCUUACCGAAUCCGACCUCUGCAACACAGUGGAACACUUCACCGUCGUGCUGUGCCUGACCAGCGACGCAACGCGAACCCGUGGCCCGUAAAGCAGCCGCAAUUGCCUCUGUCACAGACUCUGCUACGCGAUGUUGUGAUUGCAUUUCGGCUGAAUCUCUCAGCAUCGCUAUGCCUGCAAUUUGAUAACACUGGAUCAUUGGAUAGGAUCUUGGAUGGUAGAAAACUUGACCAUGGCUCUUAUCCUAGACGGCAAUAUGAUGUUGAAUUUCUAACGUCACAGCAUGUUUCUUUUUGUCCUUCUGUGAGUCUGGUGCACAAUUGA